AUGGGCGUUUUGGUGGGGACAUCUUUGAUCGUCAUUAUUCCCGAGGGCAUCGAAACUCUUUACAGCGCAAACUCCCUCAGUCGCAAGCAACACAAUACCCGAGCCAUUGCCGUCGAAUGGCAGCACCAGACCCCAGCCGUGCCAGCCACUUUUGGCUCCAACGAUGACACUACCUCCAACCUAUCGUCCGAUGCCUCUGUCGCGAAUCUGCUUUUAGAAAGAGACCCACACUUCGAAGAGUCACAAACGCUUUAUGUACGAAAGGAUGAUUCGACAGGAGAGACAUCGGGCAAGGAAUCAAGUCACGAAGACGAGGAGAGUUCACCACAUGCGUGGGUCGGAAUUGCUCUCAUCAGUGGGUUCAUCCUUAUGUACCUCGUGGAUAAAGUGCCUGAGUUCGCGACGCCAACCAAAAACGAACGGACGCCCUACCAUAUUUCAUUGGAUAAUCUUGGAUCCGGGCUACGGCGCGGCUCGUCCCCCUCGCGCGAGGGUGGGCUACUGGAUACAAACCACGCCUCUAGACGUGGACACAGCUUUGCGACCACGACUGGCCUGGUUAUUCAUGCCGCAGCGGACGGUAUCGCCCUGGGCGCCUCCAGCUCGGAUACUGGACUCAGUUUCAUCAUCUUCUUGGCGAUCAUGGUACACAAGGCCCCGGCAUCUUUUGGAUUGACGUCUGUCCUGCUCAGACAGGGGUUGUCGAGUCGCACCGCAAGAGCGCACCUGCUGGUCUUCAGUCUUGCAGCUCCUUUUGGUGCACUGGCUACCUUCCUCUUUGUACAGAUGAUGGGAUCCUCCAGCGCCGAUGAGGCAGGCACUCACUGGCGCACAGGAAUGCUCCUGCUUUUCUCUGGGGGUACCUUUUUGUGA